CAGGCCCGGGCGAGGGGGCGGUGGCAAUGUCCCCUCCCGUCCCUCGUCCCUCUGCAAUCCGAUCGCUCUCUGUCGCCACUAAGGCGGCUGUCAGAGGAGCGAAUGACAGCGCCGCCUCAGCCUCGGGCCAGCAUGGCCCUGGCCGCGCUGUGGCUGCUGUCGCUCUCCUCGGUGCCCUCCGGAGCCGGACCCGGAACGUUGAGCGUGCAGGUGCCUCCCGAGGUGCGCGGCCUCUUGGGCCAGUCGGUGACGCUGCCGUGUCAGCUGCAGUCCCUGGAGCCGGGCACGAACGUCACCCAGCAGACCUGGGAGCACCAGCAGCUGGCGGGGCCCGUCCACACCGUGGCCGUCUUCCACCCCACGCGGGGCCCCAACGUCCAGGAGCCCGAGCGGGUGAACUUCGCGAAUGCCAAGCCCGGCGCGGAUCUGAGAAACGCCAGCCUCACGGUGUCCGAGCUGCGUGCAGAGGACGAAGGCACCUACACGUGCCGGAUCGCCACGUUCCCACAGGGCACCGCCAGCAACAGCACCCAGCUGAGAGUGCUGGACCUACCUGAGGUGUCCAUCUCCGGCUAUGACCACAACUGGUACCUCGGCCGCAGCGAGGUCACCCUGAACUGUAACGUCCGCAGCAACCCAGAGCCCCGGGAUGUGGUCUGGAACACGACCACGGGAACCCUGCCACUCUCUGCUGAGCCCCAGAAGAGGCAGCUCCUGAUCCGCACGAUCGAUGAGUCCAUCAACACCACUUUUGUUUGCCUGGCCACCAACAGCGUAGGGACUGGCCAGGGCAAGCUGACAGUCCUGCUUCAAGAGGCACCACUUGGGGACAAGUCAGGCCCCAGGACAAGUAUCAUCAUAAUCGUGGUGCUGGUGUCUACUUUUGUAGUCAUCUUGUCUGGUUACUAUUACUACAGACGCCGUGGUCGGCGCCCAGCCCGCUCCUCGGCGAAUGGUGUGAACAGGGACACAUAUUUGAACAUGCAAGCCCAGACCAGCUCCCUGGAGGACACACCAACAGGGGGCACAAGGUGACACAGGGACUGGCUGGACCCUGCCGCCAUGGCUGCCGGUGCCUCCAAAGGGACGACGGGCCACCUGCCCCACCAGACCUCACCCUGUGACCGUCUCCCAGGGUGCUGGACGGCACAGGUUCCAUUGAGGACACAACAAGCUCAGAAAUACCAUCCACUCAUGGCUACUGUGGGUCUCAGCAAAAGGAUGGAGAUCAGAAUCAGCCAAAAAAAAAGCCACACAGGACAGAGUCUGGGGGGGACCAGGGCCAUUGCCCCGCUGCCUGUCCCUAGGGAGCCACAGGAACAGCACAACUCCCAGCAACUUGUGGGAGGCCUUCACGGCCAGGCUCCUAGUUGGGGCCGGCUCCAUGUCCUCCCCAUCCGCCUGGCCCUGGCCCCGCCAGCAUGGACACCCCUAGUGUGGGCACCCAGGCAAACUGUCUGGCAGGCUGUGCGAGGGCUUCAAGGUGACCUCCCAGGCACAGGGACAAAAGGCCAGGUCUCCCCGUGGGCCGGGCUAACCCUGUACUGCACAAUGGCCCACGCUGGACCUUCCUGCUGCCGAGAAGUUUGGCCUCUGGCAUUGAACUUCUAACCCUCUACCUCCGUCCGGUCCCUGGAGUUACAAGGAACGGAGGCCCCAGCGCCUCCAUUAAAACCUAUUUAUUUUUAUAUCUCAGGUGGCUCCCUGCAAGGGGUCUUCAGUAGGAAUCAAGGGGGAUGGAGUUUUGUUUGGCGGUUGCCAUGUGGGGCAGAAACCCGGGUGCGGGUAUAGGGCCCUGAAUCAAGAGGACACCAGAAUCUCCCCUGCAAGGGGCCUCAACGCCUCUCUGCUGCCGUCUCCUUCCCUCCCCACCAAUUGGGUAGCACAGACAAGUUAGAAAAACCCACUAGGGAUUCAUUCCGACUUCGCUCUUUGCACGCAGGCAUCCGGUUUUAAACAACCUUGUGAAUGUUGUUAAUGCCACCAGUUGUUCAAUUAAAAAUGGUUCAGAAGGGCAGGGAUUUAGCUCAGGGGUUCCGCCGCCUGCCUUGCAAGCGCAAGGACCUGAG